AUGAGCGCGCAAGACCAAGACAAGCCCGUCCGCUACUUCAUGGGAAUGAAGAAGGAAGGCGGUGUCCCAAUCGCUCCAUGGGGUGGUUCCACUUUCGAGGAGCACUGCAAGGACGCCAAGAAGUGCACGGAGUACGACGAUGUCUUUCUCCCAGUUGGCAGCGAUUGCCGAACCAAGCCAAUCAAGCCCGAGUCUGACGCCAACGAGUGGCUCACCGGCAACGGUAACGCUGACAGCAGCGACCUCACCACCUCGAAUCGGGAGACCUUCCAGGCUCACCCCCGGCAGCAGCCCGUCGCCAUCCGUCGACGACAGGAUCACACUUCGACCUUCAUCGACAAGAGUAAGCAGAUGAACCACUGCUCGACCUACUCCCACUGCUUCUGGGAGAAGAGCGACACCCGGCCACCACAGCCAUGCCGACCCGGCACUCCCGAGAAGUUCAUGGAAAUGGGCGAGAGCGACAUGGCCACUCAGUCCGUCAACUGUGAGACCUACCGGGCUUACAACGCUGAGGAAGUCAAGAACUCCAAGCGAGCCCCCAUCUGCAUUGAGCCAGAGUAUGGUUCGAUCGUGCCCACCAAGGUGCCCUCGGACACGUUCACGACCAACUACGCUGGCAACUACUUGCAGCCCCAGCAAAUCGAGCGCGUUAAUCCUCUUCGACCUGUUGAGAAUGGUAUCCACUACGAUUUGACUAACAAGAGCUCAAUGACGACGACUCACGAUCGUACGUACAACAACCCUCUUAUCAAACCUGAGCGGGUGGUUACUCGCAGCGAGCCCGUUGGUGGCCCCAACCAGCUGUCCACCAUGAUGAGCGACUUCAAGGUAAAAUCCCUUGACCAGCAGGCGAAGCCCUUCCUGCCCCCAGUCGGCCUCCGCAGAACAUUCGGUGAUGAUGACAUCGGAUACUCCACCGGUUAUCAGCAAAACUUCUCCGCCCCCGAUAAGGCGACGCACGUUCCAGUCCAGAACUGCAAGCCCGAUCAUGUUCUCAUGUCGACUUGCCCCUGGUCGAAGCUGACCGAUGAGAAAAUGGAGGGCAAAUCUACUGCUCACUCCCACUUCUCCGGAGCUGUCACUGCUCCCGCUAAAUCAUGCAAGCCCACCUACAAAGGUGUCAGCGACAACGGAUGGUUCAGCCACAAGACCCACAACACUCAGUAA